AUGCCGAUGACGACGUCGAUGCCGAGGACGACGUCGAUGCCGAGGACGAUUGGGGGUCGGGGCGCCGCGCGCGCGGCGUGGACGACGACGGCGACGACGGCCCGACGCGCGAUCGCGCCGGGCGCGAGCUCGGACGAGACGGCGGCGGAGACGACGGCGAGUGCGAACGCGAAUGGACGCGGGAAGGAGACGGGCGGGGGGAAGUACGACGCGAGGUAUUACGCCGGGAUGGUCACGGAACCGGUGCGCGCGGACGCGUUCGACGCGACGACGCGAGACGUGAUGACGCCGACGAUGAAGCUGGUGACGCGGAGCGCGAUCGGGUUGGCGGUGCUGUUCGGGGGGUUUCUGUGGUCGAACGGAUUGCCGCCGUUCGACGGGACGUCGUCGUAG